CAAAGAUUAAACGAGUGGAACUAGGUCUUUCGCCCCAAUCGUCACAGUCCGCAACAUGUUCGACACGGUCUGCACCUUGCCGCUGUCGGCGGACCUGUUCUCGCAGGCAAUUCACCCCAACGAACCCAUCGUCUCCGUUGGCCUUGCUACGGGCCAUGUCCAGACCUACCGACUUCCCUCCGAGGAGGCCGACAGCGAUGAUGACGGAGCCUCGACGUCCUCGUCCCGCAAUGGCAAAGGACACAUCGAUACGAUGUGGAGCACCCGACGACACAAGGGCAGCUGCCGAUGUUUGACUUUCGCGCUGGACGGCGAGACGUUGUACUCGGCUGGAACGGAUGGGUUGGUCAAGGCCGCAAAGGCGGAGACCGGAGUCGUGACCAGCAAGAUCGCCAUUCCUACAGCGAAGGAUGGAUCCGUCGACGCCCCCACCAUUGUACACGCUCUUUCCCCUCAGACCCUUCUCCUCGCGACAGACUCUAGCGCCCUCCACCUCUACGACCUCCGCACCCCGUCCUCCAAAGUCUCCGCCAAGCCGCAGCAAUCGCACCACCCUCACGACGAUUACGUUUCUUCCCUCACGCCUCUCCCCGCGUCCGAUACCAGUACUUCGGGCUUCAGCAAGCAAUGGGUGACUACGGGUGGUACCACGCUGGCGGUCACGGAUCUCCGCCGUGGUGUGCUGGUGCGCAGUGAGGAUCAGGAGGAGGAGUUGAUCAGCUCCGUGUACAUCGGCGGGCUGACGACGAGUGGAACGAACCGCGGCGAGAAGGUGAUUGUGGGUGGCUCCAAUGGUGUGCUGACGCUGUGGGAAAAGGGUGCCUGGGACGACCAGGACGAGCGCAUCUACGUCCAGCCCCGUACCGGUGGCGCCGACUCGUUGGAGACACUGACGGUCGUGCCGGAGGAACUCGGGAAGGGCAAGAUGAUUGCUGUGGGUAUGGGCGGUGGUGCGGUCAAGUUCGUCCGGAUCGGUAACAACAAGGUCAUGUCGGAGGUCAUGCACGAUGAGACAGAAGGCGUGAUCGGGUUGGGCUUCGAUGUUGAAGGCCGCAUGGUCAGUGGUGGUGGCCAGGUGGUCAAGGUUUGGCACGAGGCUGUCGGCUCGGGCGGCGCCAAUGGUUCCCAUUUGGGUGACAAGCGCAUGUACGGGGACAGUGAUGAUAGCGAGGAUGAUGUGGACAGCGAUGAGGAAUCUGGCGAUGAUAGCGAUAACGAAAGACCACGGGAGGUUCAGCCCAAGAAGCGCAAGAAGGGCAAAGGAGGCAGGGGAGGACAGCAGAUCAUGGCUUUUGCGGAUAUGGACUAAAUGAUACCCAGACGAAGAAAAAGAAAAAAGAGAAGUUAUGGUG